CUCCCAUGUAAAUCGUCCAUCAUACUUCCGUGCAUGCAUCUGCAGCAUGGAGAUCCCAAUUUCGCUUCGUUCUGCAUCGUACAUAACAGGAAUUGUUAUUGGGAUACUUAUUACAUUUAAACUAGUUCGUUCAAAGAAGAAAGGAACCAGGAAAGUUCCUCGAGGAACAGUUAUUCUGCAUCAGUUCGAACGUCCUUAUCUUGGCGUUCCAAACUUGUCGCCGCCAUGUAUGAAGUUAGAAACCUACCUUCGCAUGACAAAGAUUCCCUACGAGUGCGAUUACACUUUAAAAUUUUCAAGAAAAGGCCAGAUGCCUUGGAUAGAAUACAACGGCAAAGAGAUUGCGGACUCAAACUUCUGUAUUGAGUUUCUUAAUAAGGAGUUUGGAGUCGAUGUUGAUGAUCACCUGAGCGACGAACAGAAAGGCAUUGCCAGAGCUGUUUUAGUCAUGUUGGAAGCAAAUACCUUCUGUACUGUGGCAUACUUUCGUGGUUUUGACGAGGGUAGCGAAACAAUUAAGAAGAUUUUCUUUGGAAAUGUCAUUUUUCCUUUGAGGAACUUGGUAUUUCGAUUUGUGUUUCAAAGAGCGAUCAGACGCAAUCUCCAUGGUCAAGGGAUCGGGCGUCAUUCUCCCGAAGAGAUCUAUGGGAUAGCUGAGAAAGAUCUGAGAUCUGUUUCUGCAAUUCUUGGAGAGAAGAAGUUUUUGUUUGGUGACAAACCCUGCCUUGCUGACGUCUUUCUCUUUGCACUUGUGAGCAACUUCAUCUUUCURACUCCCGUUGCUCCGCAGGCAAAGUUGAUUUUGACGCAACUGAAGAAUCUUGAAGGUCAUGCAAAUCGUAUGAAAGAGGCUUAUUACCCUGACUGGGAUGAAGUUGCCUUGGGGCAAAACUAAGACUCUAAUAAUUUUAGUAGUGACUCCUGUAGUUUAAAACAAUAUUACUUAAUUAUGCGUUUACCUAUUAUCAGUUACUAGAUAUUAGUAUAACUGAUGCUACAUUAUUUUAGCGCUAAAAUCGUGGCCUAUAGCAGAUACGAUCACAGGCAAAACCCCACCCGACCCCAGACAAUGAGACUAUAUCCUAUCCUAGACAGAAAACUACCCUAUCCCAUACAAAACUACUAGCCUAUCCCAGACAAUGAGACUAUACUCUACUCUAGACAAAAACUACCCUAUCCCAGAC